ACACACUUUUUUCAGGUUCCCCAGCUCAAAGAGAGGAACUCGCUCUUCACGCACUUUGUGUAGACGCGAGCGCACUAGCGCGCGCCCACACACCACCCGGCCCCCUGCGACUAGCCCAAGGCUUGUAAUUCUCUGCUGCGUUGCUUAGAGAGGUGAACCGAAACCCUGUGCCUGCGCACUUCAAUCCCAGACCGUCUAGUGUGACGCUCGGCCAGUCUCUGUGGCAGACCCAGGCUCGGAGCUGAGAGGAAUCAUCGGGACUUCCAGGCUCCUUCUGCAAGGCCAGGGAGAGGUCGGCGUGGCAAGAGCCGGGGCAGAGGGGGCGGUGUUACGAACCCCCAGAGGAGCUGAGCUGUGGCAGUUGAACUCCCGGGUGCCGAGCCUUUUUCUGGUCAGGACUACAUUUCCCAGUGGCCCCCGCGAGCACUGGGCCCGCUGCCCCUUUGUGUCCUCCGGAGGCCAGGUAGCUUCUUUCCGGGCCCGCGGAGGCUGGGUUCCCUCAGAUUCAGGGCAGGAGGUGGGCCCAAGAGGAGGUUACCCGAGUUUUCCGGGCUUGGACCUGGUCUUCCGGUACUUCAGUUCUGCAGGUAGGAAGUGGGUUGAGGAGCGGCCUGUGGGUCACCCUGACGUCGGUCCCCGGGCCUUCUGUGUGACUCUUCGUGUGAGACGGGGUUGAGAGCUUACGGACACUGCCAUUUCCCAAGAGAAGAGUCAAGGGGAGGAAAGAAUGGCUGUUGGACUUCUUAAAGCCAUGUACCAGGAGUUGGUGACCUUCAGAGAUGUGGCUGUAGACUUCUCCCGAGAGGAGUGGGAUUGUCUGAAUUCUUCUCAGAGGCAUCUGUACAGUAAUGUGAUGUUGGAGAACUACAGGAUCUUGGUAUCACUGGGACUUUGCUUUUCUAAACCAAGUGUGAUAUUAUUGUUGGAACAAGGGAAGGAGCCCUGGAUGGUAAAGAGAGAGCUGACAAAAGCCUUGUGCUCAGACUGGGAAUCUGUGUGUGAGACUGAAGAGUUAACCCCAAAGCAGGACAUUUAUGAAGUGCGAUCAUCUCAGAAAGUAAUAGAAACACUUACAAGCUGUGGCCUUGAGUACUCCAGUUUGAAAGAAGAAUGGAAAUGUGAGGGCCACUUUGAGAGGCAACCAGUGAAUCAGAAGGCAUGUUUCAAGGAAAAGACAAUCACUCAUGAAGAAGCCCCUGUUGAUGAAAGAGGACAAGAAUAUAACAAAACUUGGGGAAGUUUCCAUCCCAGCACACUACUUCAUACACAACAGAUAAUCCCCAAAGAGGAGAAAGUACAUAAACAUAACACACAUAAAAGCUUUAAAAAAAAAUUAAUGGCUAUUAAGCCCAAGAGUAUCUAUACAGAGAAGAAACUUUUGAAAUGUAAUGACUGUGGGAAAGUCUUCAGUCAGAGCUCAUCCCUUACUCUUCAUCAAAGAAUUCAUACCGGAGAGAAACCCUAUAAAUGUAUAGAAUGUGGGAAAGCCUUCAGCCAGAGAUCAAAUCUUGUUCAACAUCAGAGGAUUCAUACUGGAGAGAAACCCUAUGAAUGUAAGGAAUGUAGGAAAGCCUUCAGUCAGAAUGCACACCUAGUUCAACAUCUGAGAGUUCAUACUGGAGAAAAACCUUAUGAAUGCAAAGUGUGUAGGAAAGCGUUCAGCCAGUUUGCUUAUCUUGCUCAACAUCAGAGAGUUCAUACUGGAGAGAAACCCUAUGAAUGUAUUGAAUGUGGGAAAGCAUUUAGCAAUAGAUCAUCUAUUGCUCAACACCAGAGAGUUCAUACUGGUGAGAAACCUUAUGAAUGUAAUGUCUGUGGGAAAGCAUUUAGCCUUCGUGCAUACCUUACUGUACAUCAGAGAAUACAUACUGGAGAGAGACCCUAUGAAUGUAAGGAAUGUGGGAAGGCUUUCAGCCAGAAUUCACACCUUGCUCAACAUCAGAGAAUUCAUACUGGAGAAAAACCUUAUAAGUGUCAGCAAUGUAGGAAAGCAUUUAGCCAGAUUGCCUACCUUGCUCAACAUCAGAGAGUUCAUACUGGAGAGAAACCCUAUGAAUGUAUUAAAUGUGGGAAGGCUUUUAGCAAUGAUUCAUCCCUUACUCAACAUCAGAGAGUUCAUACUGGAGAGAAGCCUUACGAAUGUAAUGUUUGUGGAAAGGCUUUUAGUUACUGUGGAUCCCUUGCCCAACAUCAGAGAAUCCAUACUGGAGAGAGACCCUAUGAAUGUAAGGAAUGCAAGAAAACCUUCAGGCAGCAUGCACACCUUGCUCAUCAUCAGAGAAUCCAUCUUGGGGAGUCACUGUCACCACCCAAUCCAGUCAAUCACCAAGUCCUGUAGACUAUCUCAAAAAUACUUCUGGAAUUUAUACUCUUUUCUCCAUCUCUAAUGUUGUCAUCCUAGUCUAAGAUUCAUCUCACCUGGAUCACUCUAUAGCUUUCUAACAGGUUUUCCUCUAUCAACUUUUGGUCCCCUUAAAUUCAUUUCCCACCAUGCACCCAAACUGAUCUUUUUCAAGUGUAAGAAUACACACAUCACUGCCUCCAGUUAAGUUUUUUUGGCUUGCUGUUGUUCUUAAGCUAGCAUUCACAGUCUUUAAAACUGUCUAUGAGGAGCUUCAUUAUCUGGUUCUUAGAUACCUUUCAGCCUUAUUUUAUUCCAGUCUCUCUGGGCAGUAGGCACUUCCCAGGACUAAGAGCUUAGAUUCUGGAAAAUCAUAGCUCUACCACUACUGUAGCAUUGUGUGAUUUUGAGUAACUGGCUUGACUUAUCUAAGCCUCAGGGUUUUCUUUAAUUCUUAAAAUAGGGAUAAUAAAGGAUACUGUAUUGUAGAAA